AUGUGGGAUAGCAGAUAAAAGAACAAUCAAGAUCUAUUGGUUGUGAAUGAGUUGUCAGAGUAUUCUUCUGUUUCCCUAAAGAAAACUUUGUUAUCAGGUUCUUAGAAUCAAAUUGAAAUGAUGCCAUUAAAGCCAAAGCCGGUUCAGAUUGUUCCUUUGAGUGAAGAAUACGCUUAUACAAUGACUUAGCAUAUCCAAUUGAUAGGAGAUUUAGCAGCAACUGAUAAAACAGCAGUUUGCACUCAAAAUUGGAAAGACGUAAUUAAUGUUAAUAGUUGAUAGACUGUUCGUAAACAAUUCAAUACUUAGACUAUAACUCAAUUUAAAACAUCAUACUAAAUUAAUAGAGAAAUAUAAUUGCUAACUUAAAUAAAAAGGACUUAUGUUAAUUUGAUGCCAAUAAUUGAUCCACAAAGUUCUUUCCUCUCGUAUUGGAAAAUCCCUGUAUUGAUAAUCACAUUUGUAGUAUUCAUAGAAGUCCCACUAAUAAUAUUUUUCGGAGAUGACUUCUAUUAUACGUUCCAUAGUCCAACAUAUAUAUUCUUUAGAAGUGUAGUGAUUGUACUAAUAUUAACAUAAACAUCAUAUAGCUGAUAUUCAUGAUGGAUAUCUUCAUAGAAUUUCAUGUGGCAUUUUAUAAAUACGGAGCCUUAGUAAAAAAUAGACGUAGAGUGGCUUUACAUUAUUUGAUGGGUUCAUUUACAUUUGAUUUUGUACCAUUAAUUGAAAUUUUGAUUACUACAUUUUCCUACACAAUGGCGAAUGUCUACACAUUCCAUUUACUAUUCCUAUUGAAAAUGUACCCAGUUUACGAAAUCGAUUAACGAUAUCAAGAUAAAUUGUAAGUGUAUCCAAAAUGGAAAAGUAUAUAUAUGAUAGUGAGAAUGAUAAUUGAGAUNUGUAAUUUUAACAAGUUUUUGUUUUGGAAAUUACACUUAACUUACCGCUUAUUUAAUUAAUUUCCCCAUUGA